CUUCAUCUGACUGCAGGGGGAGAAACCUCGCUCUCUCAGCUCUCUCCUCAGCAUCCCCCUGUGAUACCCCGGAGUCUGUAUUCUGCACACGCAGCACGCUCGUUUAGAGAAGAAUGGAGUACCAGUACAAAAUGCAUAUUUGGUCAGUCCUGUGAAAGACCCAUCCAAUGAGAUCCACUGUGUUUUGAGCCCUUCUAUUGUGAUAACGACCAUCUCUUUCUCACUGGGUCCAUCAUCACAGUUCCACUAUGGAUGAUAUAGACCCCCGGGACCACCAGUCCCUUAUGAAAGGGGCUAAGGAUAUGGCGAGAGAAGCUAAACGGCAAGCUGCUAAGAAGGUCAGCACAGUAGUUGACCGAGCAUCAGAUGAGUACUCCAACAGCCGUGCCUAUCAACGCUUCCAGGAUGAAGAUGAUGGUGAAUACUAUGACCCACCUCAGGGCAACUACACAGCUCCUGACACCAUUGACGAAGAAGGUUCUAGUGAUGCCACUGAAGGUCACGAUGAUGAAGACGAGAUCUAUGAGGGUGAAUACCAAGGAAUUCCCUCUGAAUCUGGGCACAGGGAUGGACAUGUAGCUUUGGGGCAGCCUGUUGCAGAUGGCCUUAAGGACCGUAAGGAGCUUGAAAGUGAAAGGCAAGCAGAUGAGGAGGAGCUGGCACAGCAGUACGAGCUGAUCAUCCAGGAGUGUGGCCAUGGCAGGUUCCAGUGGCAGCUGUACUUCACGCUUGGGUUAGCUCUCAUGUCUGAUGGUGUGGAGGUUUUCGUAGUGGGCUUCGUGCUGCCCAGUGCUGAAACAGAUAUGUGCAUGCCUGAUUCAAGCGCUGGAUGGCUAGGUAGCAUUGUGUACAUCGGGAUGAUGGUGGGGGCUUUGUUCUGGGGUGGCAUGUCGGAUAAAGUAGGUCGGCGACAGUGUCUGCUUUUCUGCAUGUCCAUAAACGGAUUCUUUGCCUUCCUGUCUUCCUUCGUACAAAGCUAUGGGCUCUUCCUGCUCUGUCGUAUGGUAGCAGGCUUUGGGAUUGGUGGAACGGUUCCAAUUGUGUUUUCUUACUAUGCGGAAGUCCUGGCGAGAGAAAAGCGUGGCGAGCAUCUGAGCUGGCUCUGCAUGUUUUGGAUGAUUGGGGAAAUCUAUGCGUCUGCCAUGGCCUGGGCUAUCAUACCUCAUUAUGGAUGGAGCUUCAGCAUGGGUUCAGCGUAUCAGUUCCACAGCUGGAGAGUGUUUGUAGUGGUAUGUGCUCUUCCAUGUGUCUGCUCUGUGGUGGCUCUCACCUUCAUGCCAGAAAGUCCAAGAUUCUACCUAGAGGUGGGGAAGCAUGACGAAGCCUGGAUGAUCCUCAAGCAGAUUCACGACACCAACAUGAGAGCACGAGGACAACCGGAAAAAGUCUUCACUGUGAAUAGAAUUAAAAUCCCAAAGCAGAUUGAUGAGUUUGUGGAGAUGCACCCAGAGACAAGUAACCUUGUGUCCAGGGUUAUUUUCCGAGUGAAGACAGAACUUUAUGGGAUUUGGUUGACCCUUAUGAAGUGUUUCAGUUACCCAGUGAAAGAUAAUACUAUAAAGUUGGCCAUUGUGUGGUUUACACUCUCAUUUGGGUACUACGGUUUGUCUGUGUGGUUCCCUGAUGUGAUUAAGCACCUUCAGGCAGAUGAAUAUGCUUUGAAAGUGCAGCGGCACAAUAAUGAGCAAAUUGAAGACUUCACUUUCAACUUCACAUUGGAGAACCAGAUACACACCAAUGGUGUGUUCAUCAAUGACAGAUUUAUAGAAAUUGAAAUUAAGUCAGUGACUUUCAUCAACACCACAUUUCAAAGCUGCCACUUCGAAGAUGUAACAUCUGUGAGAUCAUUCUUCCGAAACUGCACCAUCAUUGAUAGCUUCUUCGAUGACACAGAUAUUGACGAGUACAAACUCAUAAACACAAAAGUCAUAAACAGCUUGUUUGUUUACAACAAAACGGGUUGUCAAAUGACAUUUGAUAAUGACUACAGCGCCUACUGGGUCUAUUUUGUCAACUUCCUUGGGACACUGGCAGUGCUACCAGGAAACAUUGUGUCGGCGCUGCUCAUGGAUAAAACAGGGCGCUUAUCCAUGCUGGGAUUUUCCAUGAUCCUUUCUGGGAUCAGCUGCUUCUUUCUGUGGUUUGGCACGAGUGAAGCCAUGAUGAUCGGAAUGCUGUGUCUUUACAAUGGCCUCAGUAUUUCUGCCUGGAACUCACUCGAUGUGGUCACAGUAGAGCUGUAUCCUACUGACAGGAGAGGGACUGGUUUCGGCUUCUGUAACGCCUUGUGUAAGCUGGCAGCAGUGCUAGGGAACCUGAUCUUUGGCUCUCUGGUCAGUAUAACUAAAGCCAUCCCGAUCCUGCUGGCAUCCUCUGUGCUGGUGUGUGGCGGGCUGGUGGGACUGCGGCUUCCGGACACAAGGUCCAACGUCUUGAUGUAGGAAGUCAACAGCUUCACUUAGCCAACGUGUCUCUCAUCCAUUUUUUCAUUGCAUCAUUUAUUUAUUUUUACUGAAAAGCUAAAUCUUCAAAUGAGAAAUAUGAUUGCUAUAACAGAAUUUGCAAAAGCAAAUGCUUAAGCCUUAGUAAAAGUGAGUGAUACUGUGAGUUAUAUUAUGUUCUUGGGCAUCAUAUUUAUGAUGCAGAGCAUUACAGCACACAUCUGUACUAGGCAGAAUCUAAAACCACAAAAUCAUCACUAAUAAUGUGCUGACAGUUAUAGUUAAACCGUCAGUUAAUGAUCAAAAGCCCAGGAGAGCUGUGAAUCAAUUUCCUAACACUCUGUAUUACAUGAGUAAUGUCUUACAGAUAGAUCGCUUUAUUAUAAUCUGUAUUUUUAAGCAGGCUGCAAGUCUACUAGCGUGUGCUGAUGGCAUAAAGCUGUAAGCCUGUAUUGAUAUUUUGGAAAUGCUUUAAAACCUUUUAAUAAGCAGCUCCCAUGCAUUUCAUAGAAGCUCAUGGGCUCAGCGGACUAACUAUUGCUGUACAAUUAAUUAUUUAUUAAAUUGGCUUAUAACUUAUUGGCCAUACACUGUCCGAAUGAUUUUAUGUUUAGUAAGCAUAUAGUAAACUGCUGACUAAAUAAAAUAGAUUUUCCAUAGUUUAACAAAAUACCAUCACAGACAUUUAUAUUACCUCACCUUAAAAAGUGUUUCAUAUCAGUAUAAAAAAAUGAGUGUAGUAUUAAUGUGCAUACACUUCAAAUCAAGCAUAGGAAAAGAUUUUAAUCUAAAAUGCUAAAAAGGAAUCGCUUUUCUGCUCUUUUACCCACUUUGUGGAGGGCUUUGAACAUUGCUUUAUUGAAAUAAUUGUGGCAAAUGUGUUAACAGUGUGUGUGGGUGGGGGAGGGAGGUCAAAUGGGGAAUACAAUCAGGCUUUCUGAACCCAUAUCUGAAAUACUAUUGGCCUUUCAACCUGUGCCUCUCCUUUGUAUGUCUGUCACUUUCAGUGAACAAUACAAUAUUAACAAAAAAAAUCCACCAAACUCCACUUAAAACACUGAAAGAAAAAACCCUUUAAUGACAUAACACUGUGCUUUAAUAAGUUUUGAUGACCCUGGUAACCCUCAGCCUUAGAAAGACCUCCUCAACAGUUCGAUUUUCUGUCUGUUGAGUCUAAACCAACUCAAGUUCAUGAAGUUUAUUAUUAGAUUGUUACUGGAGGUGUUACUGCACGUGUGCACAAGCAUACAUGUACUACUGACCUGACAAAAAAUAGAGUAUCUGAGGAUACAUUUGUGAAAAAUAACCAUGGACUAGAGAUUGGAAGUCAUUAUCAAGUCAAUUUCAAAGUAUAUUAGAUUGGAAUAAGUUUUGCUCUAAUUUGUUUAGUAAUUUUAACUUAUGGUGAUUUUUAUUUGUGUUCAUCUAAAAUCAGUCAUUUUAUUUUGGAUAUUAAAUCAUCAUUAUGUGCCUCCACAGACCCUUAUUUUUGGACAAAGAUACAUUCAAUGUGCGAUAUAUGAUUGAUGUCUUUCAUUAAUAACUGUUAGCAUUAUGGUUUUACAAUUUGGCAAAUACGUUCAUCUAUUUUUGCAAAGAUGCCAAUCCAUUUUCUUGUAAAAUAUAAAGAAUGAUAUCAAUAAUAGUAAACUCUAGAAGAAGAAUAAGAAGAAGAGAAAAAAGAAAAAGACGAAGGAGAAGGUGUCAAUAUAUAAAAAUACCAAGUGUCCUAUACCAUUUUUGAUUUGGCCUCUGACUAACCAAAGUGACUUACUGCUGUUUUACUCUCAGCAGAGCUAUGCAGUCUCUAAAGUAGAAUUUUCUAAUUAAAAAUAAACUGUAGCUAAAUAAUUAAUUUAGCCAAAUUAUAGCUGAAGCAGUAUUUAUCAUUAUUAGGAUGCAAAAUAAUGUCACUGUAGAUUGUGGUGUGUGUCAGCUCAUGUUUGUAUGCACUGCUUAUGAAUGUGUGUGUAUUUGUCUGGAAAGUAUUGUGUAUACUGUAUGGUGCAGUGAAUGUGUGUAUAAGUACUGUAUUGGUGGACGUCAGUGGAGAGAGAUUUAGCAAUGAAACAGCGAUUUAAUCAAAUCCUUAGCCAAAAAUCCUCUGAGUCACCUUUCAUCUCAGACCACCUUGCAUGUGUGUAUGAAAUCUGUCUAUGAAGUCUGUCUUUUUGCUCAAUUUUGUGUUCCUUGGGCCUCUUAAUUAUAAAGAGUGAAGUAAAGAACAAAAUGUUAUGCUGCUCUAUGUUUUUUAAGUUGUGUGUAAAAUUUGUGAACAUAAAAAAAUGGGGAAAAAACUACUUUUGUGAAGUUAAUAAAGAUAUGUGUUGAAAUUA